AUGCAUUGGCUGCUGCUGCUGCUGCAGCUUCUGCUGCUGCUGCUGCUGCUUCCUGGAGAGCAGCAUGCAGCUGCGCUCGCAGCAAGCCUUUCACGCCCACCGAGGGGCUGCUGCCUCUCUUCCUUCAUAACCGCAGGUAGGCAGCAGCAGCAGCAGCACAGGGGCUGCAAGGAAGGACCAUCGUUUCUGAAGAUUGCUGCUUCUGCUGCUGCUCACCUGGAUGAGCCUGAGGAUAUGGAGGACUUGCUGCAGCAAAGUUUGCUGCAGGAGCAGCAGGAAGACAGAGAAGAUCCUGCGGAAGUAGCAGCACGCAGCAGCAGCAGCGGCGAGGGCUUCGACGGCUUUGAUGAGGGGGAGGAGGACUACCAGGAUGCUGCUGAGCGGCUGCUGCCAGCCCGGUUCGCAGCAGCAGCAGAAGAAGAAGAAGAAGCAGCAGCAGCAGCAGCAGAAGAUCUGGGGGAGGCUGAGGCGCUGAGAGAGGAGCGGUUGGGGGCCUUUGCAGCAGACAGCACCGACGACGCAGCAGCAGCAGAGGCAGCAGCAGCAGCAGCAGCAGCAGCAGAGGAGGAGGAAUGGCUGCCUCCUUCGCAGACAGCAGCAGCAGCAGCGCGGCGGGCGGCGCUGCGCGCGCUGCAGCAGCAAGCAGCUGGCACAGCUAGCCACGCCUGGCUGCCCCCGCAGCUGCAGCAGCAGCAGCAAGACUUAGAAGAAAGACACAAAAGAGAAGGUCUUCCCCCCCCCGGAGCCCGCACAGUGGACCAGCUGCCGGUCAAGGCCUUGACCAUUGGUCAAGACACCAUUCUGUACCGCCAGGCCCUCGACUCCACGCCGAUGUUUAUCGACUUGAAAACAUUCGAGAAGAUCAAAGCCCAGUGGGCAGACAACCCCGAAGAGCUCAAAAGACUCCAGAGAGCUCCAGCAUCAAUAACAGCAGGCGCAGCAGAGCAGCGGCUCCAGCUGGGCGAUGCGCGGGCAGCAGCUGCAGCAGCAGCAGCAGCAGCAGCAGACCUCGCGUGGCUGCUGCCUCUGCGGUGUCUGUACACCUCAGAAGACAAGGAAGAAUACGGCGUUUCUGAAGCUGUUCCUGACGAAGACUGGAUUCCCAUCAAGCGGGACCUCCCCCCGGGCCGCCUCGUCGUUUCUCACGGGCUCAUACCUGUGAACGCGACUGCAGCGGAGGCGGGCUUUGACUUUGUGGAGUCUUACUAUGACCCCAAGCGGGAUUACAGCUGGUCCUACAGGCGCUACAACCCCUACAAGCUGCCGGGGGACGGGAGCGAAGAGCCUGAGGAGGAGGGCGUGGCCCCCUACUACCGCCUGGACACCCCAGAGGCGCGGCGGUAUUACUUGGAGGAAGCAGAACCCCCACCAAGAGAACCAGACGACGACAUCGCCCGCCAGGCCACGCUCGCCGAAGAAAUGAUUGCAGGCAUGCGCCGCAGCCCCCAGCGGGAGGAGCAGUGGCGUUUUAUUCCGGAGGCCCCUUAUGGGAUUUUGGCUGCGCGGCAAAACUUCGCGCGGAGCUUCACAGCCAAAGACAAGGCCUGGAUAGAGAAAGUCAUUGAAAACAGGCGCCGCCGCGCAGAGCAGCAGCAGCAGCAGCAGCAGCAGCAGCAGCAGCAGCAGCAGCAGGGCCCCGCAGAUGCGGAGACGCAGGCCCGCCCAGCAGCAGCAGCAGACACAGCAGCAGCAGCAGCAGACACAGGAGCAGCAGCGGGUGCAGCCGCGCAGAGGCCGGGCUGCGCAGGGGAGCCGCCGCCAGAGGAAGCUGCGGAGGGGGCCCCAGUGGGGGGCCCCCCGGGGCCCCCGGAGUGGGGGCCCCUCAUAGGGGAACCCGGGGAGGUAUUGCCUCCCCCCCCGCUUCCAGCCCGCCCCGGGGGACCCCUCAUGACCCCCGAAGAGGCUUAUCACCGCCAGUACGCCCACGUGGCCCUCCCGCUCUCAACGGGCUGCGCAGCCCCCAAACUGCUGCUCCCCAAUAGGCUCCAGCUGCCCCCAACGCCAUCCCCGGGGGCCCCCCGGGGGGCCCCGGGGGCCCCCGGGGGGGCCCCCCGGGAGGGGGGCCCCCCAUGGCCGGUGACUUACCGGCAGCUGGGCCAGAGCGACCUGUACGUGUCGGAGGUGGGCCUGGGCACGAUGUUCAUGGGGGGCCCCCAGGGGCCCCCCGCGGGGGAAGGGAACUGCAACAAUCCCAGCGAGCUGCUGAGCUACGCAGUGGACGGGUGGGGGGUGAAUUUCAUCGACACUGCGGAGCUGUAUCCGCUUCCUGCUGCUGCUGAGUCCUUCGGUGCUGCUGAAGAGAUUGUGGGCAAGUGGCUUGCUGCUAGGGGAGCAGCAAAGCGCGCGGAGCUGGUGCUGGCCGCCACUGUGGCGGGGCCCCACGAGCGGCUCUCCUGGCUGCAGCGGCAGCCAACUAACAGCAGCGGAGCGGCGGGCCUGGCUGCAGAGGAUGUUAUAAAAGCUGCAGAAGGCAGCCUCCGUCGCCUGGGCACUUCCUACGUGGAUUUGCUGCAGCUGCACUGGCCGCAGCGUUAUGUGCCGCGCCACGAGACAGGAGAGCCGCACCAGGUCCUCUACGAUAUCCCCACUGCAGCAGCAACAGACACGCAGGACCCGCGGGUGUCCAUGGAGGCGUGGCUGGACGCAGUGGAGGUGCUGCUAAGAGACGGCAAGGCAAGCGUCUCGCUGGUGGCCUACGGGGCGCUGGCCGGGGGCCUUUUGACUGGGAAGUAUUUGGAGUGGCUCGAGUACCCCACGGCUGGCCGGCUGCUGCGCUUCCCCUCCUACAUGCGGCGACUGAGAGGCUCUAUGGCCGCAAAGGCUGUUAAGGAAUAUUUCUACUUGGCGCGGCGCUUCGAGCAGCCGAACUUGACGCCCGUGGCCCUCAAGUGGGUGUUCUCUCGCCCCUUCGUGACCUCCACUGUGAGUCCCCCCAAAAGCCCAGACGCAGCAGCAGCAGCAGCAGCAACAGUAGCAGCAGAUAGGCAGGGCAGGAGCGACACAGCGACAGGCACCCAGAGGGUGCUUAGCUAG